AAAACCCAUCGCGAUCAUGUACUGCAGGGCUGAGGCGUGGGUUCUCGGCCCUAUUCAAUUCUUGGUAUAAAGCUUUCCAACUGGAGUUUCGGUGAACAACCUUACCACCAGGUCGCCCGACCUUUCGACAUCCGCGUCGUGGAAGCACCAUGGAUCCCGACCACAACUCACCUCCUAUCCCCACUGGAGUAACUGGACAGUCCUCCCAGUCUCAGGGACAGCCUUCUCAACCCGAAGUCCAGGGGCCAGGCUCGCCGUUCGUGGAACCCGAACAUGUAGACAGAGGAGAUCGUCCGCAGAGCCAGUCGCUGGCAACUGAGGAGCCCCUCCCUGGUGGUUCAGAGGGAGAUCAUCCGCAGGGUCGGUCGGUGACUGAGAAGCCCCUCCUUGACAGUUCAGAGGGACAUUCACCAGCUCGUGAUCGCAUUGAUCGACAUCCAGAAUUUGAGCCUACCCAACCUCCUCCGGUUGCAAGAAAUUUCCUGAGGGACGGAAACCUCAUGCGUGGACCGUCGCGUCGUUCAGUUAUGGGCCAUACCCGCUCCAAUGCAUCUGGCAUAGGCUGGAUAGUGCCCGAAGUUGAUGAGAAACCUCACCGGCGUACAAUCGGAGAGCGACUCGACCCAACUAUUGCUAAUGCGGUGAAGGAGAGGGCGCAAUACGCCUCAAAAGCACGAAUGACAGGCCUUGCGUUGAACAUUGCCAUAGGCAUGCAAGUUAUCCUUGGGGCACUCACUACUGGUAUUUCGGCAGCCACUUCGGGUAGGCAGACUUCGAUUGGUAUAUCCAUUCUUGGCGGCAUGACGACAAUGGUCGCUUCCUAUCUCGCCCGUGCACGGGGAUCAAACGAACCAGAACUAUCCAUAACUCGCGUUAAGGACCUAGAUCAUUUCUUGAGAGAUUGCUUAGCUUUUAAGAUGGACUGCGGGCACGAGUAUGGGACACCUGAGCUGGAUGAUCGGUUAGAGCAUCUCAGAAAAAGAUUUGAAGAACUUCUUGGAAAUGCUGAUGGGCAGCGAAAACUUUCCCCGCCGGUGUAAAUGUGAUUGUUUUAGGUUCCUACGACGCGCAUUCUACGAAGUCCCCCUUACCAUUCAUUUUGUGUGAUACAUUUCCAAGUGAUUAUUACUUCACUUUGGCCGUUCUCUCAUGACUCGGACACAUACCACAUUCCUCCACAUAUCACACCGUUGUAAGUUACCACUUGUUCGCUAAUACACGUACUGUUCUUCUCGUAUGCAAUUUCCUAUAAGUGCGAAUAAGAUACCAGAC